AUGUCUUUUUCUUAAGACGAUGAAUUACUAGAAUUAAAUUCAAGAUAUGACAAUCUCCAAAUACUUAAUCAAAAUAUUUUCAUUGAAAAUUAGAAAUUAUAACAUGAAAUCCAAUAAUUGAAAUAGACUUUUAGUCAAUUCCAAACUGAAAACAAUGAGUUAAAUGAUGAAAUUGAAAAUCUCAAGAAUGACCUAAGAGCUUAAUUUACUAUUAGUUAAAGGUUAAGAUAGGAAAAUGAAUCCUUUGAAAAUUAAAUACAUGAGUAUAAAAAACAAAUUGAAUCAGCUGGCACAUAUUACAAUUCGAUAAUUUAAGAAAACGACCUUCAGAUUUCACAAAUUUAGCAUAAGGUUCAAUAAACAGAUUACCUUACACAAGAAAAUCAUUUAUAUAAAGAACAAAUCAUAUCCUUAUAAGAAGAAAAUGAAUAACUCACCUAAGAAUUAACUAACCUAUAAGAAUCUCUUAAUAAUCAUGAAUAUCUUCAUUCAGACAUCAAUAAUAUCUUAAGUUAAGAUCAAAGCAAAAAUAUCAAGAGGUAAAACCGAAAAAAAAUUAAAGAAUUAGAGAAAUUAAUUAUUACAAAAGAAUAGGAAAUUAGCCAAUUGUAUUUGACAUAAGAGGACUUAAAAAAUUAUAUUUAACAGUUAACAUAUCAAUCAGAAAAAUAUGAAAAAAAUCUUUCAAGCCUAUAUAGUGGUUAUUAAUAAAUUGAAAUAGAAAGAAAUAAAUUAGUAUCUAAAAUCGACUCAAUUUAGAGCUCUAGCCAUAGAUAUACUGUUUUAUAACAAUAAUUAUCAAACUCUGAAAAAAAUUAGAAUAAAGAGUGUUAAUCAUUGAAAAACUAAUUGGAUCAAUUACAAAUGAGCAAUUAAUAAUAUCAAUAAUAAAUUUAAGCUAUAAAUGAGGAAUUUAUGAUUCUUAAUUAAUAGCAUUCUGAUUUAUAAGAUUUGAAUAAUCAAUAUUUGUAGGAAUCUUAAAUGUUAAAAAACUAAUUAUUUGAAAAGGAUUCGUUUGCGGAAAAGAUAUAAUAAUAAUUACAAGAACAAAAGUUUAAAGAAGAGUAAGUUUAACAACACACCAAAGAAAUUAAUUAAUAAUUAAAGGAAUUAUAACAAAAUAAGUCUGAUCAAUAGAUUUGUAUUAGUUAAUUACAGAAAGAAAAUAAAAUAUAUGCAUUGCAGUUAAAUUAGUUAAAAGAUUAAUCAAAUAAAGAAUGCAAAGAGAAUUUAAUAUAAUUAGAUUAAUUAAGAAAUGAAAGAUAAACUUUAAUUGAUCUUAUUAAAAUUAAAGAUGAAACUUAAGUAGAAUUAGAGAUAAAAUAAAAGAAUUCAGAAAUUAUGAUUAAAUAAAUUUAAGAAUAAAGAAUGUAAUUCGAAUAGACAGAGAAAUCCUUUUUUGUAGUCUCUUAAUAAUGCAUGUAAUUAUAAGAUUAGAACAGAGAUCUCUUGAGGUAAGUUGAUAAUCUCGAAAAUGAUUUAUAAAAAAAUGAGGAAGAAUUGAGACAAUUAAGGAGAAUUAACAAAAAUUCGUAUCAUUUUGAUAAGAGUGCAUAGCAGAUGAUUGUUAAAGAUAGGGAAAUAAUGCAUUUACAAUAAGUAGUAGAAAGACUGGAAGGAAUGAACAGAUAAUUAUAACAAGAAUGUGAUAGACUUGCUGCCAAAAUUUAAUUAGCCUCGCAUGAAAACACUUUAUUAAGUAGAACAAAUAGAGAAAUUGGAGGGAUGGGUAAACUAUUAAUUGAAGGAUAAUAAAUUAAAGAGAUCUUAGAGAAAAAAAAGUAUGAAAAGCCAUCAACAUUUACAAAUAGUAAGACUCCUCAAGUGAUUUAAUAAUUAUAGUAACAUAGUAGAAGGCCAUCUGUUAAAAAGUCUUGA